ACAGUAAAACAUAAUCCGCAUCGGAAGAAGCCCUAAAGAUGCAAUUAACCUAAAUUGUUCCGAGUUACAGCAGACAAAUCCGGAACUGCUGAAGAAGAGGCUCCGGCUAGUACCUGUUUGCCUGCGCUUUCUUUUUUAUUCUUACGAGAAAGAAAACAAAAGAAAAUAAGAGAGAAACGAGGAAGAGAGUCCAAUUCUUAGGCGCCUUUUGAGAAAUUACUAUCGGAUGAACUGUUAUUCAACGCCGUGUUUAUGCAUAUUUAGAUCAUUUUAAUUUUUCGUCAACUUCCUCCUCGUCCCUGAUUUCGCGACAAUUAUCUUUACAGUGGGACUACAUCGAGAGAGUAAUUCCUCCGCCCUCUUGGUGUUUGGGUUCGUGGCCAUGGAUGGAAUAUUCAACAAGCUCAGGAACUUCGAUGCGUACCCUAAGAUCAAUGAGGAUUUCUACAGCCGUACCCUUUCCGGUGGCGUUAUUACCGUUGCCUCCUCCGUCGUCAUGCUCUUGCUUUUUAUCUCCGAGCUCUCAUUAUAUCUCCAUGCUGUAACAGAGACAAAGCUUGUCGUGGAUACUUCAAGGGGAGAAACUCUACGUAUCAAUUUUGAUGUCACUUUUCCAGCCCUUCCUUGCUCCAUACUAAGUCUUGAUGCCAUGGAUAUUAGUGGAGAGCAACAUCUUGAUGUAAGACAUGACAUAAUCAAGAAGAGAAUAGAUGUGCAUGGCAACGUGAUUGAAGUGAGGCAAGAUGGAAUUGGUGCCCCAAAGAUUGAUAAGCCUUUACAAAGACAUGGUGGCAGGCUUGAACACAAUGAGACAUAUUGUGGUUCAUGUUAUGGGGCAGAGAUGGCAGAUGAAGACUGUUGUAAUUCGUGCGAAGAAGUACGUGAAGCAUAUCGAAAAAAGGGUUGGGCAGUGUCAAAUCCAGAUUUGAUCGAUCAGUGCAAAAGGGAAGGUUUCCUACAAAGAAUUAAAGAUGAAGAUGGUGAAGGAUGUAAUAUUUAUGGAUUUUUGGAAGUCAAUAAAGUGGCUGGAAAUUUUCAUUUUGCUCCUGGGAAAAGCUUUCAACAAUCAAAUGUUCAUGUGCAUGAUCUGCUGGCAUUUCAGAAGGACAGUUUUAAUAUAAGUCACAAAAUCAAUAGAUUAGCUUUUGGAGACUAUUUCCCUGGUGUUGUUAAUCCUCUUGACAGUGUGCAAUGGAUACAAGAAACACCAAACGGGAUGUACCAGUAUUUUCUCAAGGUGGUACCAACUGUAUACACAGAUGUUAAUGGGCAUACUAUUCAGUCAAAUCAGUUCUCUGUAACAGAACAUUUUAGAAGUGCAGAUGUAGGUCGCCUUCAGGCCCUUCCUGGAGUUUUCUUCUUUUAUGACCUUUCUCCAAUCAAGGUAUAUUCACAGUUUCGGGAAUAAUUGACUCAUUUGUAUAUCAUGGUCAGAAGGCAAUCAAGAAGAAGAUGGAAAUUGGAAAGUUUAGUUGAAUGAUCAAUUCAGCUGUUUUUUGCUUCGUUUGCCAGAAAAAAAAAAAUGGCAUUCUGGAGAGAAUCUAUUCUGAAAAUGGGAAAACUAUAGAAUGGACUCUCCCUGCAGGGCCAUGGGCUUUCUUUGAAAAAAAAAUAAUAAUUAAUUGCAACUGAAUUUUUGUCAUGAUAUGUAUCUGAUCGACGAGUUAGAUUGACUUUUAGCGUAGUUUUAAUAUUCUGCUCUUUUUCCUCAUAUGUAAUUUCAACAUUGAUGUGAGUAUACGUUUGAGAUGUGUGAGGGAGUCUUCUUAGAAAGAAAUAUUAAGAAUGAGGAAAUUCCUAUAUGAUAGUUGUGGAGUGCCAGAAAUACAUUGCAGAAGUUGAUUGCUGAUUGAACA